CAUGCGGUUCCUCCUCUGCAUGAAAGCUGCUGUCUGUGGGAAGCUGCGUGACUCUGGCCGCGCCGCGGAGCUACAGAUGGCGCUCGGACGCUCCUCUGCUCGGAAGCCGCAUGUGUGAGGAGGACACCCAGAAGCGAUGCUUGGGCUCCUAAUGUGAGCCACACUCAUGCUCAGCGCAAACAGAGGUUCCCGUUUUGCCAAGUUAGUUGAAAUCAUCUGUUGCUCUCCUCACUUCGCAGCCGAUGGCACAUCCUGCAGCCACUUGUGGAUUAUUCCUGGAUUACAGCUCACAGACUUGUUUGAUUUGGGACUAGAGGUGAUGCGGGUGACCUGUCACCUAUGUAACCCACCUGCAGAUCUCAGUCCGGACACACUUUGCUGAGAUGCCUACGUUUUACAUCGUGAUUGAAGUAGUCAUCGCUGUUCUCUCCAUCUCCGGCAACGUGCUGGUUUGCUGGGCUGUCGCCAUCAACAGCACUCUGAAGAACGCUACCUAUUACUUUCUGGUGUCUCUGGCUGUGGCUGACAUCCUGGUGGGCUGCCUCGCCAUCCCCUUUGCCAUCAUCAUCAGCCUCGGUCUCCACCUGAACUUUUACGGCUGUCUCUUCCUGGCCUGUUUCGUCCUGGUUCUCACUCAGAGCUCCAUUUUCAGCCUGCUGGCCAUCGCCAUUGACAGAUAUCUGGCUGUGAAGAUCCCUCUGAGGUACAAGGAGUUGAUGACAGGAAAGGUUGCCAGAGAGAUCAUAGCUAUUUUAUGGAUCCUGUCUUUUGUUAUCGGCCUUAUUCCCUUCUUUGGGUGGAACAUGAAGGAUUCACAGUGCAAGAACGAAAGCUUCAACUACACUAAGGGGUGCCCCUGCCUCUUCGAGAAAGUGGUGGACAUGAAGUACAUGGUGUACUUUAACUUCUUUGUGUGCGUGCUGGUGCCGCUGCUCAUAAUGCUGGUCAUCUACGUGAAGAUCUUCACCGUGGCCAGGAAGCAGCUGAGGCAGAUCGAGCUCAAGUGCGUGGGCAACGGGGACAGCCAAAACCAAGGCCUGCUGCAGAAGGAGAUCCGGGCCGCCAAAUCCCUCUCCAUCAUCGUUGGACUCUUCGCCCUCUGCUGGCUGCCCGUCCACAUCCUCAACUGCCUCACGCUGUUCUACAGCGGGCUGCAGAGGCCAGAUCUCGUCAUGUACGUGGCCAUCAUUCUGUCGCACGCCAACUCAGCGGUCAACCCGAUCAUCUACGCUUACCGCAUCCAGGACUUUAGGAAUACCUUCCGCAAAAUCCUGGCCCAGCACUUCCUCUGCCACAAGGAGGAGCUUUACCUCAGCUCCAAUGGCAGCAGGCGGAACAGAGACCAGAUCAAGAUGACUAUCGAUCCUUUGCUAUAGAGGACUGUAUCAACAUCAUUGUCUUGAGUUUCUAAUGUUUACAGAGCAAUGUGAAGAUGAACCGAUGUCAAUCCCCCUUGAAUGUAGACUAUUUAUGAUUCGGGUUGGGGGUGGGGACUGUGAACUGUUUAGAAAGUCUUAAAUAACUUGUUUUUACUGAAAGAGUUUUAAUUGGUAAAUAGUUGAGGCUAACUGGAUUUGUAAUACUUUGCGGAGGAUCCAAAACUAAGAAGCUAUUUAUUGUUCUGAAUUCCCCCUGUUCCAACUACAAACACUCCUCUUUUUGUGCCCUGCUGUUUUUAUACUCCCAACAUUCAGUGCCAGUGUUAAAAUUAUUUAUUUAUUACAAAUCAUGUCUUUUGAGAAUGUAAUGAUCAAAAAAAUGUGUGUGUGCAAGCGUGGCUAGAUCUGUACUUGUGGAGCUAAACAAAAGUACAGUGGUAGUAAUCCUUACCUGUGGGUGUUCUGCUGCUCACAGACCUUUCAAAUGAAAUCAUCUUCCUUCAUCCCUUUGUUGAGAGCAGGAAUAGUUCUUUUCAGCCUGAAUUUAUUGAUACAUUUAAUUAGGAAGGAGGCCUUAAGGGUGAAAGGGUCCAUCUUUGCAUAUCAUCCAUUAGUAAACGCUUCUCUUAGAUAAGCGCACCUCACUAUUUCUUAAACAAGUGCCAAGUUUGUAAAGAGCUAAAAGGUUCAUUUAAAGAGUUGGUUUAGCAUUUUAGCUAUAAAAUUCAGCUCAAAAGAACAGCAAAUCGCAUUUAAGACCUUUUAAAGCUUAUUGUUAUUCAAACUGGAGACCUGUAUAUCCUGCAUGAAUGACAAUAACAUGCAUCUGGUUCCAAAAACUCCUGUGCUUUUCCAUUUUCAUUACCUGACGUUAAGACCUUUAAAAGCUGCUCGUUACAGCCAUAUUGGUGAAAUUUGUCAUUGCAAUUGUGUGUAACAAUGAAAUUUUUCUUCUGUAUUGAACACAUCCAGAGCUUGGAGUGCCUGGGGAGAAACCUGGGGAAAUGAGAGUGGCAGUCUGUUGGGUCUUUACUGGCUACCCGCAGCCUUUUCAGAAACUAAAACAAGUGACAGUUAAAAACAUUUAUCCAGGAUGGACGCCAUGCUUGAUUUAUAGAGUUCAAAACAUGAAAACAUACAUUUAUAAACAGUCACGGAAAAACUAUUUUGGACAACCUUUUUUUGUUCAGGUAAUAUACCUUUAAAACAAGAAAUUAAAAGAAAAGGUAUAAUCAAAAUUUGGGACUAUAUAUAUAAUGCAAGACAUUCCUCAAUUAAGAACGUUUGCAUGGAGAAUGUCAACAUUUUAAAGGUUUUAAGGCCUAAAUUGAGAUUAUAGUAUUUGCAUUACUAAUUAAGCAUGUGUAAAGAAUUCUGGUAAAAAUGUAAUAACUGUGGUAAAUGACUGUUGGGGUCUUUAAGUUUUAGAGAUUAGUUUCUCCUGGAUUUUAAAGCUGAUGGCUAAUCUGAACAACACAAUUCCACUAUUAACUUAAAAAACACUAAGCUGUGUACUUUGGUUCUUUAUACAAUUCAGUAGCAAAAAUGUCAAAGUAUUUCAGGCAAACACUGUUUAAUCAAAUGCUUCACCUCUAUUCUGUUCUUUGCUUGGAGGACAAAUGAUUUAAUUUUAGAGAUCUACAAUCAUGUUCAAUGAGAAUCAAUCUUUCCCAGUCAGAGAAACUUUCUAAAAUAUGAGUAAUGCACUUUAUUAUUUAAAUUAGGUCCUCGGCAUGUUUUAAAGGGAAAAUCAUUACUAGCACAUCACAAGCUAAUUGACAGAAAUGAAUGUUAUCUGGAAAGAACUACAGGAUCUAAAUAUCUAAUUGUUCAGGUAAACUCAGCUUUACAGAACCCUAAAAAGCCAUUACAGGUACAUUGCAUACAUAUGUUUUUAAAUAAUUAAUCAUACUAUUCAUCAAUUAAUUUAAUAAUAAAAUUAUUAACUUGAGUAUUUAGAUAUCUAAAACAAGUUACUUGCUGAGAGAACAUCCCUCUCAAAGCAGUAAUUCAGUCCAGAUAGAUUAUUGUUAAUUGCAGCUCUUUUUCUAAGUAAAUUAUUAAUGGCAGCAGUGUGAUCAAUGGUUAUGGUGUUUGGAGGAACCCUGAUGUGUUUUCAUCUUUAGCUGCAGGACCAGCUAAUCCAGAUUUAGCUAAUAUAGAAAAGAACUCUUUUAAUAUAAAACAGAACCUUUUUCAAAAUGCAAUGCGUUUUUACUUUAUUAACGUUGAAAUAAGACACUUUUUGCAUCGUCUUUUAACCACCCUUUUGUCUAUUCCACAGGAAACGGUUAGGGUGUCUGAUUCUAACUCUCAGAGGAAAGUUCGUUCAGCCUCAAACUCACCUUCGGUUUCAUUACCCUCAUAUAAGCUCAGGAAGUGAACAGGUUGAACCUUGUAUAGUGAUUUUGCAUCGGCACAGAGACUUUUAGCUGCUUUAUACUGAACCACAUGAUGAGACUUCAAAUCACUGGUCCGUUACAUAACCCCCCCCCAUCAGCCAGGCUUCAGUCGCACCCCCUGCAGAGGCUUACAUAAGACUCCACAGCUGUCAGUCCUCUGGGUAUAUGAGUAAUAUUUUUCCUCAACCCUUCCCCAACAGUCACUCCUAAAAGUCCAAGAAAUUAAAUAUUUAUUAACAAAAAAUAAUUUUAAUCAUUUAAGUAUAAAGCACUGAUGGACCUCAACUAAGCCGAACAAUGUCAGGGGGUCCGUUCCACAAAGCAGGUUUACAGAAAGCUCUUUCUAGACCCGAAAUCAGGAAAGUUUGCCGUCUCAAAAAGAGAGUUUCCUCAACCUCUGUUACCAUAGUAACCUUCUCCCAUGAGCCAACCUGUUCAGGAGCAGGUUUUCCUCAAACUCAAGUGUCCUCUGUCUCCGCUCUCCUUAAAGCCAAUCACGUUUUAUUUCCUGGUUUAAUCAGAACACUUCUAGUGUAGUUUUGUGCAAAAAAUAAAAAGGAAAUCAGUCACUGCAUCAUUUGUUAGACACAAACAUAGCAUGUCCUUUAGACACUCCAAUCAAAGAAUGAGUGGCAUUAAUUCGCAGAGAAAUAUUUAUAGGGAGAGGGUCAUCAGACGUUCUUUCAUAUUCAGAAAGUUAUAUUUAUACUGUUUCGCCUCACAAUCCAUCACGACCAUCCUGACCUUAUCCUUCCUCAUAUUUGCAGCAUUACACAGACAUCUUUAACAGGGAUUAGACAGAACUUGACGACAGCCACUUAGUAUUUACUGUGUAAUGGAAGACCGGAUCAAACUGAGGAUGAACCCCAUGAGAUGAUGCACCGGUUAGGACAUUUUUAUACUUCAUCUUCACCUGCUGACAGGUGAUUGCACAUAAAUCCACUACCAUUCAACAACUAGUUUUCUGCUAUGUUUUUUUUUUUUUGGUUAUACCAGGCUAUGGCAGACCGUUAAGGUAUUUAUUAGUCUGAAAAGGUAUCUGUGAUAUCUGAAAUACAUUUUACCUUGUCAAAAUAAACGUUUUUAAGAAAAAUCAUAUUCUUCAUAUCUAAAACAAACAUUCCGGAUGUCUAGAAACAAAUUUCAGAUCUCAAUAUUCAUUAUUGUUACUGGACAUAUUUUGAUUAGGAAGAAAUUUAUUUCAGAUAUGAACAGAUACUCAGUCUGCUGAUAAAUGUCUAAAUGGCCUAUUAAAACGUAUAAAGAUUUCCAGGCAUAUGAAACUUAAUUCUUACUAAAACAAUAUUUUCUUUUUACUUUCUGAAAUUCAGUUUCUGCUGCAAAAAUGUAAUUUGGGAAAUCUAUCAGAGUUCCAAAUAGACGUGUUUUUGAUAAGAAUCUUAUUUUAGUGAUCUACAAAUGGCACAACAGAGCGGAGAGUGUUUUAAUUGAGCGAACCUACUCAGAGUUGAUCAAACUAAUUCAUAGCAGCCUUUGUGAAAUCGAAAACUCACCAAAGGUUGGAAACUCGAAUUCCUCAAUUCAGAGUUGAGGAUUUGAGUCAACUUUGUUAAACCUGUUUGUGAAACGGAUCUGAGGUGUGCCAACACAAACCAGUGAAGCAGAUAGUAAAUAUCGUUAAACAUAUAGGCACUAUGAUAUGAAGAAAAGCUUUACAGCUGCAGGAGAGGCUGUUUUAUGAACUAACAGACUGUUCAGAUCACCUGGGAGUCUUCACUACUCAUAUGAACAAUGCUGACAUUCUAUUUUACCGUUUUAUGCGCUUCAUCUGUGUUCUGACGUGGAGCGCUGGGUCUGUGCUGCCGUUCUAUCUUUCUGCAUUUGUUGGUUUUCCUCCUCUGUCUGACUUCAAGGGCUAAAACACAGGAGUGCCAAAACGUUUGGGGCCAUUCCAAAGGAGACGUCUAAACUGUAACCUUAUCUAAUUUUGUCUUUGUUGACUUUUGUGUGACAAUAAGUACUGUAGGUGUCCGGCUUCCUGCUCGAUGUCAAACUGUUGCCUUUCUAUUUUAUUUUAAAAGUAAUACUGCCAAUGGCAAGUUCAACAUUCCUUCACUUCAUUCCCAAGUUCCUGUUUUUUAAGUGUGCUAUUUUGUUGUUACUAAUCAGGAAAAUGCCUCCACUGUGGUCAAGCUGAUGUCCAACUUUCUCUCCAGAGGCACUUUGUUCGUUCAACAAAACUACAGCCGAUGUUGCUAUUUAACAUGAUGCAAUCUGUAUGUAUGGUGAAUUAUUUUGUUAAUAAAGGCAAUGUUUAUAUUGGUAA